UUCUGUUCUUUUCAAAGUUCAAUGAUCUACUUUUGAUCUGUGGAGAGGUACUGCUGGGUAAUUACAAACUGAAGGCGGAGUUGACCAUCGACGGUUUGGAGAUUGAGGACAAUAUUACUCAUGCUGACUGGAUACUUGAAGGGGAAAAUAUUGACAUUCCAAACACAUUUUACGUCAAAAGCCGACACAAAAUCAUCCAGUUCUUAGACGAAAAUCCUGGUGAAGAAAGUAGUUGGUGCGAGAGUAUCAAAAAUGUGAUCAAAGAUUAUAAAGUAAGAAAACCUUCAGUACGAGCAGGGGAGUUACCACCAUGCAAUGGAGGAGAGGUGUCGGAAAACGAUCUCGGCAAUGUGGCCCCACACUGGAUCAAGGACGAUGAGGUCUCGAUGUGUCAGCUGUGCAGCAAAUCAUUUACAGCGUUAAAACGGCGGCACCAUUGUCGUGCUUGUGGAAGGGUUGUAUGCGGAAAGUGUUCAUCAAAAAAGAGUAAUUUAGCGUAUGACAACAACAAGCCAAAUCGGGUCUGUAAUAAAUGUUUCGUCAUCCUGAAAAACGUGGAUGGAAAGGUGGUGGACCAGAAAGUUCCUAAAGGGGUCAAACUGAUGAAUGCCAAUGACCCCUCUAUUCUCUCUGGGUACCUCCAGAAGAGCAUGGAUCGAGGCAAGACUUGGAACAAGAGAUGGUUUGUCAUUACCAAGGAGUUUGCCAUGUACGAAUUUAAGGCUCACCAUGAUAUCUAUGCCAUAGCAACCCUACCAUUACCUGGUUACCAAGUAAUAUUUCCUGUGGACAACAUCGAGAAUGUCUUUUGUUUGAGUCACCAGCAGAAACUUCCUCCAACUUAUCUACAGUCCGAGUGUACUGCAAGCAGAGACAGAUGGUUGAAUGUACUAAAAAAGAUGGUGAACUUGGAGCUUCCCGAGGAAUCGAAUCGAAACUCCACUCAUUCCUCCGAGAGUUCCGGAAGUCAGAACGCAGAAGAUGCUGUGACAAGACGUCCAAGUUGAAUUAGC